UUUCAAAAUGACAGUACUGCAUGCGAACUGCAACAUUAUAUAUGGGAAUCAGUGCAAACAAAAAUAACGAUAAACCGAUGCCUAAAGCCAAAAGUGAGAUUGAGGCCGAAGAUGGUGAACAUGAUCAUCUGAUGCAACUGGAAGAUUCCUCACCCUUCCCUGUGUUUUCUAUUGAAAUCUUUGCUAACAUUGUUUCUCAUGAACCAACCAUUAUGCAACAGCUUUUGGUGCCACAGGGCCAGUUGAUGCAGUCCAGAACUUCCUGGUCAGCUAUAUCUAGCAAGCUUUCGCAGAUGCAUGUACCCUUUAGCCUUCUUGCAACGGUAACGCAAAAGAUCAUAGAAUGUGCACGGUCGGCAGCGAACGAGGUACAUAACAAGAACCGCAAGAACAUACCUUUUGUUGUGACUCUUUGUCCUGUAAAACUAAUGGAAGAGGAAGCACUACUUUCUGAGCACGAGGCUUCUGCAGAAUCCUUCGAUGUGCAUUCAUUUUUACCAAGAAUUAUUGAUAUAGAAUUCCUUUUUACAAAGAACUGUUAUCCAUAA